GUUCUUUUCUCUUGCAUUUUUUUAAAUCGCGGAAGUGAUGCUACUGUGUCUUGUUUUUAACACUACUACGUUUCACAAAAAACAGCAACUUAAAGGGUUUUGGGGUGUCUUAUUUAUUUAUUUAUUUUUAUUUUAAAGGAUAGAACUGAAGGCUGAAACAAAGUGAAGAAUGGAAGACGACGCUCCUGUCAUUUAUGGUCUGGAGUUCCAGGCACGUGCACUUACUGCCCAAACAGCUGAGACUGAUGCUAUCCGCUUUCUCGUGGGGACACAGUCACUUAAAUUUGACAACCAGAUCCACAUCAUUGACUUUGAUGAUGAGAAUAACGUCAUUAAUAAGAAUGUCCUCCUGCACCAAGCUGGGGAGAUAUGGCACAUUGCUGCCAGUCCUGCAGAUAAAGCUGUGCUCUCCACCUGCUAUAACAAGACCAGCGACAGCAGGGUGGUUUCCUGUGCUGCAGUAUGGCGGAUGCCUUCCGACUGGGAGUCGGGAAGCCAUGAGUCACCAGAUGACUCCGCCCACAACCCUCAAACACUGGAGCUGCUCUGUCGCCUAGACGACAGCUCCCAUGGAAACGCUGCCUGCGUGCUAUGGGAACCCAUGGGAGAUGGCAAGCGUUUGAUUUCAUUGGCUGAUAAUCACGCUCUGCUCUGGGACCUGCAGGAAAGCUCCACACAAGCCACAGUCUCCAGCGCAGCCACCCUGGAGGGUAAAGGUCAGCUGAAGUUCACAUCUGGCAAGUGGAGCCCCCACCACAACUGCAGCCAGCUCGCCACGGCGAACGACACGGCCAUACGAGGAUGGGACCUUCGCACCAUGAGUCAGAUCUACUGUAUAGAAAACGCUCAUGGCCAGCUGGUGCGUGACCUGGACUUCAAUCCCAACCGACAGUACUACCUAGCGAGCUGCGGUGACGACUGCAAGGUCAAGUUCUGGGACGUCCGUAAUGUCCAGGAGCCCGUAAAAACCCUGGAGGAGCACUCUCACUGGGUGUGGAGCGUCUGCUACAACCACAGCCACGACCAGCUGGUUCUGACCGCCAGCAGCGACAGCCGUCUCAUUCUGUCCAACAUGGUGUCCAUCUCCUCGGAGCCGUUCGGACACUUGGUGGACGACGAGGAGCUCAGCGAGGGGGAGGACAACCACCAGGAAGACAAGAUGGAACCAGAGGAGCUAGCUGGGUAACCCAAAAGGAAGGUCGGGCUUGGACGUGCUGACGGAACAUCGGUGCGUGAUCGGAACAAGAAGAUAAAAGAAAAGCCUUUAAACUAAAUAAACUCGUCAUCAGCCUCGCAGUCUCGUUAUUUCAGCUUCACAAGCUUUUAUGAGAUAACUUCUCAAGUUAAUGGGCUACAGAUUCCACCUGUUAUAAACGUAUGCAAGUCUUCUACAAUAAAUAAGGGACAAAAAUUAAAUGUUAUAAUCCAAUCAUGGCUUUAUUGUCAGUAUAACUGUUUUUAAUUCCAGGCUUGAAUAGUUAAAGUUUUAGCUGACCCGUGAUUUUAACCGGCCCUAAAACAGUUUAUAUGAGGGCUAAAUCUAAAUGUGAGGAAGUCGUGAAGUCAUUCCAGUUUGGUGAAGUGAUGCGAUCAGAAAUAUUUAGUCUGUCUUUGAAAAAGACCAAAUGUGUUUAAAGAAAACAAACAGUCAAAGCAAAGAUGCUCGGAUGUUUCAGGAACCAUCUGAGAAGAGUUUCAGGCAGCGGUUUCUAGAGUCUCACUUCCUGAUAUUUGGACGUCUCUUUUCUGAUUGGCUAACAGCAACACGACUCUACCACUGACUCUGUUUGCUCUCCACAAGCCUGGAGGAGUUCUGCUAUGCGGUGGAGUUGCUAAUGCUAACAGUUAAUUCAAUUCAAUUCAAGUUUAUUUAUAAAGCGCCAAAUCACGACAAGAGUCGUCUCAAG